GGGAGCUGAUCACAGCCGCAUAUGAGCUUGGAGUCGCCCACCCUCCUGGCUACCCCCUGUUCACGCUGCUGGCCCAAGCGGCGAUGAGGGGGCUGCUGCCCCUCGGCUCCCCCGCCUACCGGGUCAGUCUCCUCUGCGGUUUGUUGGGAGCGGCUGCUGCCUCUUUGCUUUUUUACACUGUAUUCAGGCUUUCUGGCUCAUAUGCUGGAGGAAUCCUUGCUGCGGGGGUGUUUUCAUUUUCUCGUCUAACAUGGCAGUGGUCCAUCGCGGCGGAGGUUUUUAGCUUAAACAAUCUGUUUGUGGGGCUGCUGAUGGCUCUCACCGUGCAUUUUGAGGAGGCAUCCACUGCAAAAGAGAGAUCAAAGAUCUCUAAAUUUGGUGCCUUUUGCUGCGGGCUGAGUUUGUGCAAUCAGCACACCAUAGUGCUCUACGUCGCUUGUAUCGCGCCCUGGGUUCUCUCCCGGCUUUUCAGAAGGACGGAAUUGUCCUUAGGCCAUUUCCUGAAGUUGGGUUUAUGCUUCUUGGCUGGUUUGCUGCCUUAUCUCUAUCUGCCGGCUUCGUCCUACCUCAAUCGAGCCCGUUGGACAUGGGGAGACCAGACGACUUUUCAAGGAUUUUUGACCCACUUUCUCAGGGAAGAAUAUGGGACAUUCAAUCUGGCCAAGUCCGAGACAGGAUCCAGUAUGAGAGAGUUGCUGGUUUUUCAGCUGAUGCAGAUGAAGUCGGAGCUCUCCCUUCCCGUCCUCGCCCUGGCACUCGUGGCCUGUGUGAGCACAGCACUGCCGAGAAAGCAGCAGAAAUCACCUGUGAUCUGGCUCUUCGCUGGAAUGCUCUGUCUCUAUUCCCUUUUCUUCGCUUGGAGAGCAAAUUUGGAUAUUACAAAACCUUUGUUUCUGGGAGUGGUGGAGCGGUUCUGGCUGCAGAGCAGUGCUGUGGUGGCUGUGCUGGCCGGGCUGGGACUGGCCACGCUUGCCUCGGUCGGAAGCAUCUUGCUGGAGGGCAGCCGGGUGCUGCCAUGGCUGGAAUGGCUUUCUGCUCUCACUCUUGUUGCUUCUCAAGUUUGGACAAAUUACAGCACUUGUGAUCAGAGCAACAACUAUGUUGUUGAUAAGUUUGCAAGGAAUCUGCUGUCCUCUAUGCCGACCGGUGCAGUGAUCUUGCUAAGAGGAGACUUGCCUGGGAACGCUCUUCGUUACCUUCAUUAUUGCGAAGGGAUGAGGCCAGAUAUCACCUUAGUGGACCAGGAGAUGAUGACUUACGAAUGGUAUUUACCCAAACUGGCAAAGCAUUUACCUGGCAUUUAUUUUCCUGGGAGCCGGUGGAAUCCUGUGGAAGGAGUAUUACCUGAUGGGACACUUGUUUUUAAUCUCCAUCGUUUCCUCAAAGUAAAUAAACA